CAAAUCCCCUCUAACCUCCUCCCACUGGUGCAAACUACAAACACACAUCUCCAAAAUCCCUAGAAAACAGUCCCCCACUACUCUUCUCCUCCCCAUUACCCAUUCCCAUUCCCAUUAUCCCAAACCCAAAAUCUCUCUUUCUCUCUCUCUCUUCCUCUCUCCUUCUUCUUGUUCUUCCUCAGAUCUCUAGGUCAAUUCAAUCCCCAUUUGCAAUCUCAGCUCAAAAAAUACAUAGAAGGUUUAAUUUCUUUUGUGUGUAGGGUUUAAAAGACCAACAAAUAAAAAAGUGGGCAUUUGAGGAGUCAGAUGUCUGAUGUGAGAUGAAGAAGAAGACCACUCUCUUUGAUUUUUCUCUUCUUCUCCUCACUACUGCUUUCUUCUUUGCUUCUACACUCUCAUCAUCCAGCCACAUUAUCAGCCAUGGAAGUCUCACCGACGCCGAGGCCCUCUACAUCAAGCAGCGCCAGCUGCUCUACUACCGGGACGAGUUCGGCGACCGGGGAGAGAUGGUGAAAGUAGACCCUUCUCUGGUUUUUGAAAACAAGAGACUCCGAAAUGCUUACAUAGCAUUGCAAGCUUGGAAGGAGGCUAUUCUCUCCGACCCUUUCAAUCUCACCGGGGAUUGGGUCGGAUCUAAUGUCUGCAACUACACUGGAGUGUUCUGUGCUCCGGCGCCCGACAACAGCUCGAUCCGAACCGUCGCCGGCAUUGACCUCAACCACGGCGAUAUUGCUGGCUACUUGCCGGAGGAGCUUGGGCUGCUCACAGAUCUCGCAUUGUUCCACAUCAAUUCCAACAGGUUCUGUGGGACUGUGCCGCACAAAUUCCGGUACCUGAAGCUGCUUUUCGAGCUCGAUAUCAGUAACAAUCGAUUUGCCGGUAAGUUCCCGCAUGUUGUGCUUAAGCUUCCUGAGCUGAAAUUCUUGGAUCUGAGGUUCAAUGAGUUCGAGGGGACUGUGCCCAAGGAGCUGUUUGACAAGGACCUGGAUGCUAUUUUCAUCAACCAUAACCGGUUCAGGUUCGAUCUGCCGGAUAAUUUCGGGAACUCGCCGGUCUCCGUCAUCGUUCUGGCCAACAACAAGUUCCACGGCUGCGUUCCUUCCAGCCUGGGCAACAUGUCGAACCUGAACGAGAUCAUUAUGAUGAACAAUGGGUUCAGGUCGUGCUUGCCGGAGGAGAUUGGGAUGCUGAAGAACUUGACGGUGUUCGACGUCAGCUACAAUCAGUUCUUGGGUUCGCUGCCGGACACAAUUGGAGGGAUGGUGAGCCUUGAGCAGCUCAAUGUGGCUCAUAACUUGCUGUCUGGGUCGAUUCCGCCGGCUAUUUGCACGUUGCCGAGGCUGGAGAACUUCACUUACUCUUAUAACUUCUUCACCGGCGAGCCUCCGGUGUGUCUGGCCUUGCCUGGUUUCGAUGACAAGCGGAAUUGCUUGCCGAAUAGGCCCUUACAGAGGUCGGCGGCGCAAUGUAAGUCGUUCUUGUCUAAGCCUGUGAAUUGCAAUUCUUUUGGUUGUAAGCCUUUCACUCCUUCACCUACUCCCUCAAUUCCUGUUCCUUCACCUCCGGUUGUGACUCCCUCGCCGCCGAUCUUUAUACCCCAAUCACCACCACAUCCGCCGCCCCCACCUCCUCCCCCAGUUUCCUCACCCCCACCUCCUCCGCCGUCUCCGCCACCACCGCCGCCGCCAUCACCUCCACCCCCAGUUUUCUCACCACCGCCUCCACCAGUUUACUCUCCACCACCGCCUCCACCCUCACCUCCUCCCCCAGUUUACUCACCACCUCCACCACCACCCUCACCUCCGCCGCCAGUUUACUUACCACCACCACCACCACCACCUCCGCCACCAUCACCUCCCCCGCCAGUUUCCUUGCCGCCACCUUCUCCACCCCCACCAUCACCACCUCCACCUUCAGUCUCACCGCCAUAUUGCGUCCGUUCCCCACCACCACCGCCUUCUCCAUUGAGUUCUCCACCUCCACCAGCUCCUUACGUAUACUACUCACCCCCGCCUCCUACUCCACAUUCACCACCGCCACCACCACCAAUUUAUCCUUACUCAUCACCUCCACCUCCACCACCUGUCCAUUCCCCACCUCCCCCUUCCCCACCUCCUUGUAUAGAACCGCCUCCACCACCACCUCCUUGCAUUGAAUUACCCCCACCGCCGCCCCCACCACCGCCAUCACCACCACCAUGUCCAGAGUCCUCGCCACCACCACCACCUCCCUACCAUCACUUACCACCACCAUCUCCUUCACCGCCACCAACACCAGUGUAUGAGUCUCCUCCCCCACCUCCGGUCCACCAUUCACCACCUCCGGUCCACCACCAUUCACCACCACCACCGGUUUAUCAAUACAGUUCUCCACCGCCACCAAAUUCACCUCCUCCAUGUGUUGAAGCAAGCCCACCGCCUCCCACUCCUGUAUAUGAGGGCCCAUUGCCACCAGUCUUUGGAGUUUCAUACGCGUCUCCUCCGCCACCACCCUUCUAUUGAUUCUUUUGAGAAUUUUCCUCCUCUAACCUUUCCUGGAGCACCAACAAACUCAGCGUCACUGGCAUUUUCUCUUUUGGGCAAUUCUCAUCGCUCAGUGGGAAAAAAAAUUGUAUAAUUGAGAUUGUAUGCAAUUCCUGGAGUCAUCAUGAUCAUCGGCGACAACAAAUGUCUCAAGAAAAGAACAAAAAGAAGAGGGUGAAAGCAUAGACAUGAAUAUCAUUAUAGAUUGAGAGAGGUAAGAGGAGAAAGUCUCUCCCAUAUUUAUUUGAAUUGUUAUGGAGAUUUGGGGUUGUGAAAUAAAAAUGGCAGAGAAAGAGUAGGUUGCAGAGAAUGUUGUAUGUAUAGGGAUGAAUGAAUUCAGGCUACAAACACCGCAGCACCGCCUUCUGCUAGCUGCUUCUGCUGCUGAUUUGUGGUUUUAGGGUUUUAUUGUUAUUGUCUCAUUUAUAUCAUACUUUUGUUUCUUCUCA